AGGAGAUUCCAAUGUGCUCUUGCUUUCUUUCCCUUCUCAAUCACUUUCACUUUCUUUUCUUCUCUACUGCUUUCCACCUUUUCAUUUUAUUAUUAUUAAUUUUUAGUCCUAUUUUGUUCUAUAAAUUCCAUGCUCUUCUUAGCCAAUAUCCCUUCCCCCUCUCCUUCUUCUCAAAAUCCAAUCUUUAUGCUCUUUAUGACUCAAAGAUUAGAUUUUUAGUGUAGUUAAUCUAUGCUCCCUCUUCCUCUUCUUCUUCUUCUUCUUCUUCUUCUUCUUGUUUGUGAGAAAUAUUAUUAUUAUUAGAUCUUUGAGAGUCACAUGCAGCAGUUAUACAUCAUCUUGAUGUUUCUCAUUGAUGUCGCCGGUGCUAAGUGAGAUCCUUUUGUCUGGGUUUAUGAUAAAUUCCACCUUGAGGCGCAGGACCCAUCUGGUUCAGUCCUUCUCUGUUGUUUUCCUCUACUGGUUCUAUGUCUUCUCAUGAACUCAUCUCCUUCUCCUUCUCUUCCUAAUCUGUGGCCAUAUAUAUAUAUUAAUAAUUCCUACUAUUAAUCUUUUUUUUUUCUCUUUGCUUCUUCUAUAUUAAGUACUACUAAAUAACAAGGAAAAAAAAAACAACAAUAUAGUCAUAUAGAGGUUGGAUUUUUAUCAAUGGUUUCCUCCAGUGGAGCAUCAUCAGGAACUGGAACAGGAACUGGAACUGGAACUGGAACAGGAACAGGAUCAUCAAGCCAUGGCCAAAACUCAAGCUUUGAACUGAUAGAUCAGAGAAAGCAGAAGAGAAUGCUGUCAAAUAGAGAGUCUGCAAGAAGAUCCAGAAUGAGAAAACAAAAGCAUUUGGAUGAUCUAAUGGCACUAGCUAAUGAACUAAGGAAGGAGAACAGUAAGUUCAUCACUUCUCUCAACUACACCACACAACAGUACUUAGCUGUUGAAGCUGAUAACUCUGUGCUUAGAACUCAGAUGAUGGAGCUUACUAACAGGUUGCAAUCUCUCAAUGAAAUUAUCCAGUUCAUGAGCUUGAAUAACUUUGCUAAUGUUAAUGUUGCUGCUACUGCUUUUCUCUCUGAUGAUUCAUCACCACCAUCAAUGGUUAAUGACAACUUGAUGAUGCCUUGGAACAUGAUGAUGAUGAUGAUGUACAUGAACCACAACCACCACCAACUACAACAACAACAACAACAUGAAGAGCAAGAACCAAUGCUCAUGAACAUGUUUGAGUACUGUUAAAAAAGUCUCAAAAGCAUUAAUGCCUUGUCAGU